AUGUUGUCAGAGGAGGAGGGUUUGGAAGAAGAGAAGAUUGAUGUACGCGGGAAACGUUUGGAUGAAGGGAAAGAGGAGAAGCAGAAGCUAGCAGCCAUAGCCAUUGUUGUUGGAGUUCAUAAGGAAGCGCAUGAUCUCAGGUAUAAUGUAGACAAUACCAAGAUCAUUCAACUUGGUAUCACGUUAUCGGAUGAAGACGGCAAUGUGGGCGGUACUUGGGAGUUUAAUUUCUCAGACUUUGACAUGGAGAAAGACUCUUACAUGGAGACAUCCAUUCAACUUCUUGAAACGCAUGGACUUGACUUAAAUAAAAUUAAGAAGAAUGGUUGUCAAGCCCAUAUCUCCAAAGAUAUUCUGACCAACUAUAUCUCCUUUCAAGAGAUGCAUGGAGGAGAGCCUUCCAUGUGUCAAGAGGUAAGGUUAUCUAAACUUGCCAAGGUGUUAGAAAUCAAGAGGAUAGGUGAACCUCACAACGCGGGUUCAGAUAAUUUUUUAACAGCGACUAUAUAUGCGAGAAUGACAAAGUGUUGUGGGUUUAAAGUAGAAGUUUUUGAUGGAUUUCUUUAUGGCAUGAAGACAAGCUAUUAA